CCAAAAGUCUACCUUAAAAAAAUACACUUUUUAUCAUCCAAAAAUAUAUUUCCUAUUAUAUUUUGGUAUUGAUGGACUUUGAAGAGGGCAUUACUACACAUUCAAAAGUGGUUUGUAAUAGCAAGUGAAUUACAGACGCGGAUGCAGACACAAACAUGUCGACGUAUGCAAUAAUUUGAAAGAAAAUAAAUUACUUCUUAAUUACUUGUUAAGCAAGAAAAUUUCUGUCCAAUCAUUUGGAAUUGAUAUCAUCCUCAACUUCUUUAAAAAUUUAUGAAUCUCAACAUCAUUAAUACUCUCUAUACAAACUCUAUAUAGUCAUAAGAUCAGUGGAAUCAAGAGAUAUCUUAGUUUAGUUUCUAAAACAAUCAAUGGAACCUAACUUUGUGUCUUCACUUUUCCUCAUUACUCCAUGGUUUCUAUUAACCUUUUUUAGCAAUGCUGAGACUUCCACAUACAUAAUCCAUAUGAACAAAUCCAUCUUUCCUCAAGUCUUCACAACUCAUCAUGAUUGGUUUCAAUCCACCAUUCAUUCCAUAAAAUCAAAAACACUACUACUUGAUGGUCAUGAUCACGAUCAUGAUCAUGAUCGUGAUCAACAAUCAUUCAAGCAAUCACAGAAGAAACUAGUGUACGCCUAUGAUAAUGCUAUGUAUGGCUUUAGUGCAGUGUUAUCUUCAAAUGAGUUAGAUAGUCUUAACAACAUUGAUGGCUUUGUAUCAGCAUAUCAAGACAGAACAGCCACUCUUGACACAACUCAUACUUUUGAAUUUCUAUCCCUAGAUUCACCAAGUGGGCUAUGGCAUGCUUCGAAUUUCGGUGAGGAUAUAAUUGUUGGUGUUAUUGAUUCUGGUGUGUGGCCUGAGAGUCAAAGCUUCAAAGAUGAUGGUAUGACAAAGAAAAUUCCAAGCAAAUGGAAAGGAGCAUGUGAAGAUGGUCAAGAAUUCAAUGCAUCCAUGUGCAACUUCAAAUUGAUUGGAGCUAGAUAUUUCAACAAAGGAGUCAUUGCUGCAAAUCCAAAUGUUACAAUCAUCAUGAAUUCGGCUAGAGACAGCGUAGGACAUGGAACUCACACAUCAUCAACUGUUGCAGGUAACUAUGUUAAUGGAGCUUCUUAUUUUGGUUAUGCUAAAGGAGUGGCAAGAGGUAUUGCACCAAAAGCUAGGCUUGCUAUUUAUAAAGUCAAUUGGGAAGAAGGUCUUUUGGCUUCUGAUGUUUUAGCUGGAAUGGAUCAAGCAAUUGUGGACGGUGUUGACAUGAUUUCAGUUUCCAUGGGAUUUGAUGAUGCUCCACUCUAUGAAGAUCCUAUUGCAAUAGCUUCAUUUGCAGCUAUGGAGAAAGGGAUUGUUGUUUCAUCUUCUGCAGGUAAUUCAGGACCUUAUCUUGGAACAUUGCAUAACGGUAUCCCUUGGCUCAUUACAGUUGCUGCAGGAACAAUAGACAGAACUUUCGGUACUCUUGUUUUGGGAAAUGGUAAAAACAUCAUUGGUUGGACUUUGUUUGCAUCAAAUGCUACUCUAGUUGAAAAUCUUCCACUUGUUUACAAUAGAAAUAUAUCAUCAUGCAACUCGGCGAGGCUUUUAUCCGGAGUUAACAAGCAAGUAAUCAUUCUUUGUGAUGAUGAAUCAAUGUCAAACUCAAAAUCAGUGUCUGAACAAAUCAAUGUUGUUGCAGAAACAGGAGUGUUAGCGGCAGUUUUUGUCGCUGAUAAUCCUGAUUUAAUUGAUUCAAGACAUUUGUACUCUCCGAUUAUUGUAAUCAAGCCAAAAGAUGCAAAAUCUGUGUUCAACUACGCAAAACGACACAAAAAUCCUACGGCAAGCAUUAGGUUUCAACAAACAUAUGUUGGAAUAAAGCCAGCACCAGUUGCAGCACAUUACAGUUCAAGAGGUCCUUCACUUAGCUUUCCUUGGAUUUUGAAGCCUGACAUAAUGGCUCCUGGCUCAAGAGUCCUUGCUGCUUACGUUCCGAAUAAACCAUCAGCUAGAAUUGGCACAAAUGUGUUCUUAUCAAGCGAUUACAAUUUCAUGACAGGAACAUCCAUGGCUUGUCCUCAUGCUUCCGGCGUUGCUGCUCUUCUGAAAUCUGCGAAUCCACAAUGGAGUGCAGCUGCUAUAAGAUCUGCACUAAUAACCACAGCUAAUCCUAAGGAUAAUACACAAAAUCCAAUAAGGGAUAGUGCUUACCCUUCUCAACAUGCUUCUCCUCUCGCAAUCGGUGCUGGUGAGAUUGAUCCUAAUAGAGCAAUGAAUCCAGGUUUGAUAUAUGAUGUUACUCCACAGGACUAUGUUAAUUUUCUAUGUGGUUUGGACUUCACAGAGAACCAAAUUUUAACAAUUACAAGAUCAAGUUCUUAUGAUUGUGAAAAUCCAUCUUUGGAUCUUAAUUACCCUUCAUUUAUAGAUUUUUACAGUAGCAAAACAAGAUCGAAGAUUCGCAAAUUUAAGAGGACUGUUACCAAUGUUGGUGAUGGUGCUGCUACAUAUAGAGCUAAAGUGACAAAUCCAAAAGGCUGUUUGGUGACAGUGUCACCUGAUAUAUUAACUUUCAGUGAUAGAAAUGAGAAACAAAGUUACUAUCUUGUCAUAAAGUAUGUAAUGUACAAGAAGGAUAAUGUAUCAUUUGGGGAUCUUGUUUGGAUUGAAGAUGGUGGAACACACACAGUUAGAAGUCCUAUUGUAGUUGCAUCAAGUGAAAUGAUAUGAGCUCUCAUGUUUUGUUUUUCCCAUUUUUAUGCACUUUCUGCAAAAACAUGGUAUAUGCAAGCAACUAUGUACUUUUUUACUUCUUCACAUGCAACCUUCUGAUGAGUUUUGUUUUCAUCACUCUUGUUGUUUAUUUUCACCAGGUAAUUCUACAUUUAAGAUAGUAUUUGUACAAUAACUAGUAGCUAUUACAUAAUUGGAACCAUCAUAGACUCAUUUUGAAAUUUGAAAGCUACAUUCCUGAACUUUGACUUAUGUGUUAUAG